AUGGCAUCGGCAGCGUCGAGCGGCGAAGAUGAAGCUGAGCUCAUUGACUUUCAAAACCUCGCCAUCGGGUCAGAUAGCAGCACUGUCAUUUCACAUCACAAUCCGCCGCCGCCAGAACGCUUUACUCCAGAAACAAUCACCUUCGACUACAAUCUUGGCGACAUUAUGAGUUUGAGUGUAGGCAUGUUCGAUCCGGGCAGAGACAAGUUCGAGCUGCAGACGAGGCCGCGACCAUCGAUACCUUUCAAUAAAGCAAACCUAGGCCGAGCAUUCGCCAGCGACUCUCUCUUGUUCAACGUGCUCCCCACGGAAAUCCUUACCAAAGUCAUCAAGUUCUUGCCAGCAGAAUCUCUCAACAUUCUCGCCGUUGUCAGUCGUGACUGCCGAGUCUUUGCUCGCACGAUUCAAUUCGAGACCCGAGUUUUCGACUAUGUCAACCUGGACUUGGUUUACCACCUACAUCGAGAGAUCUUCGCGAUUGCACAACCUCGAACCGACCAACUCUUCUUGGGACCGUGCAUCCGUCGGCUUCGAAUCAACACUCACGCUGCAGUGUUCAAUUUUCGACACGAUCUGGAUUCGGAAAGCAGAUCGGGACAGUCUGAUGAGGAGAUGCCAGUGCCUUUCCAAGCGGCCCUUGACAGCUUCUUCCGUGACUAUCUUCCACUUGUUUGCAACAUAAUCAGAUACGCGCUUCCGAACUUGGAGCUAUUGGAAUGGUCAGAUCACACCAGACUCUCUGGUAGUGCUUGGAAAGCUAUCUUGAGAUCCCCUGUCCGACACCUGAAGCUAUUCAGAGUCUCUGUGAAUUGCAAGACACUCAAUGAAGUGCGAGCGCUUUCUCAAGCUGCCGGGGCUUCGAUCGAGACUCUAGAAGUCGAGCUAUCACGGGACAUCGACACGAUUGGCAAAUCUGACGAGGCAGAGAGGACGACUUGCUAUGACUUUACGAUCGAGCUACUUAAUCGCUGUGCUUCUCGUCUGAAGACGCUUGUAUGGAGUGGCGGCUUCAACCGGGGAUCAGGGACGCAAAAGCCGGCCAACUCCUGCAUAUGGCAGAGCUCCGAUCUCUGUCACUCCAAUACGUCCACCGCGGCAAACGACUUCGUUGUCAACCAUAUAAGCCACCUAGGGAAUCUUCCGGCCCUCAAGGGUUUUGUGUGGCGGCAGUUUGUGCACACUCCAGCACUACCCAUCAAGUUUCUGGAGCAAAACCCUCAGCUCGAGCUCCUCAGUCUAGAUAACUGCCCGGGGGACUUCCUGAACGACCUGGUCCUGCCACUACUGGCCUCAGACUUCACUCGCCUCACGUCACUGGAGCUGAUCUAUGACGAGCAUUGUACGAUACUUUCGAAAACAGCGCUCUCGUACAUAUCCCAGCUCAAGACAUUGGUUCAACUGCACCUGCAAUUGGGUCACCAGCUGGGCUGGCGCCGGACAUGGGUGGUCAAGCAUCGCGACAUCAGAGAUUGCGUGCAGCAGCUUCCUAACUUGAAGAUACUCGCUCUCAGCCGAGACACAUAUGAUCCGGAAAAUUCGGGUGAUUCAGAAGAGUACGAACGCUACUACGAGGGCUGGGACGCCUAUCCUACCGACCAUACAGAAUGGCGCUUGCAAGAACGGCACCGCGAUGACGACGGCGACCCGGAAGCGAGGACCAAGUUCUUCUUCGAGAUGUCUCACCGUCGGCGAGUGCUGCAGCAUGCCUACCGCUACGUGAACACUUUCUGGUAUAAAUACGGUCCUAUGCUGGACUUCAUCUACUUUGGAGAGAUCCCGAUGCGUGUAAGACUCGGCUAUUAUGGCUAUAGACCGAUAGCUAUAUCAGAGCGACGGGAUGAUCUGUGGACUUUCUUGCAUAGAAAGUUUCAGAAAGAGGAUGACUCCUUUGGCUCGAUAUGA